CGCUUGCCAGCGAACAAGGACCGACAGCUAAUAACAGUGGGUAGCGGAUGCAAAGCACAGCAGAAUAUACUUUGCUCUGCUCUGCAAAAUCCUCUCUCUUUUACUCUCUUCCUCACCAAAAUCAACUCUCAUCGUCACCUAUCCCUCUCUCUCUCUCACACACACACACAAAGCUUGCCAUGGAGAUUUUUCUCGAAUUGCUCGUGACCAUUGCUCUUUCUCUUUCGCUCUCUUUAGUCCUCGGCCUGCUCCUCUCAUUAGUUUCUGCUGGUGAAAUCAAACGCGCCUCUACGGUGAGGUCACGCAGGGAUUCGACCAAAAAAUCGGUCACGCCCCUGCCUAAACUCCAAGUGGAGCCGAAAAGUCGCGGUUGCGAAACUGAGAGAAUAAUCGGGUUCGUUGAGAAAGCGGAUGAAUAUAAAACUGAACCGGUUCGAGGAUUUGUGAGCGAAGGCUGUGAGUCACCGAGGAAGGACGUUGGGGAAGCUAAGGUCGUUGAGUUGGGAGAGAAACCCAUCGGAGAGAUAUCUGUGGAGAACUUGGUUGAUGGAAAUAGUAAGAGGGAAAAGCUAUGCGAGAUUGAGUUUGACAAGGAUGGAGAUGUUGGUGUCGGGGAUAGAUUGUUUGAUUUGGAGGAUGAUUGGGAGGGGAUCGAGAGGACCGAAUUGGAAAAGGUCUUCGGCGCCGCGGUGGCGUUUGUGGGCUCUCGUUAUAAUGUUGGUCGAGUUUCAAGUAUUGGCAGUGAUGUAAAGAUGCGGUUGUAUGGGCUUCACAAGAUUGCCACCCAAGGGCCUUGCCAUGAAGCUCAACCAAUGGCAUUCAAGCUCUCUGCUCGCGCCAAGUGGAAUGCUUGGCAACGGCUUGGUAAUAUGACUCCAGAGGUGGCAAUGGAGCAGUACAUCACCCUUCUCUCAAGAAGCAUUCCUGGGUUGAUGCAAGAUGAUUUUGUGGGCAAUAAUACACAGGUUUAUGAAGAAAUCGAAGCGUUUAGGAAGCUAGCUUCUAAUUUAAAGGCAUCACCACUAAACCAACCAGGUGCUGUAGAUAAAAGGAAAAUGGAGACUACUAAACCUCGUGUUGAGCAAUUGGAUGUCACUGGAUAUCAGGUCCAAACUCCUUGAUUAUGGACAAAGACCAAGUGGCAUCUCCUAGCUAGGAUGUGGAUAUCGCUUCGAGGAUUGGAGGCAUCAGACUGUUUAUAACCUAGUAGAUAUUGCAGUGUUCCCUGUGAAUAAAUAACUGAAUGAAUCUGUGGGAUAACAUAUCUCUAAGUCCCACACGUGGCCUGGUUCCCAUGGUUUACCAGUAGAAAUAUAUAAUUUUAGGCCUAGGAAUUUCCUUAGUAGACUUUUUUUUUUAUUGGUUCCUUUGAUUAUGAGGAAAAAGGGAAAUUAGCAUUGUUUCAACUUCCUUUAUGAAAAUAGGAAACUCAUUGAGUUUUGUACAGUUAGCUGAGCCAAUGACAUAUCCAUUGAGUUGUGAAUUGUUGGUGGAUGUUUUCCUCUUCUAAAAAUUUUCACGG